GAAUUAAGUAAACAAUUUAUAGAAAAGAGAAAUGGCAAUUUCUAAAAGUAUUCUUCUUAUCAUUAUUGGUUUUGUUGGAACUUUGUUCUCUAUAGUUUUGGCUACACCACAGACUGCAACAGUUUACAGGAACAUAGCUCCUGGCAAUGGAAAUAGCAACUUGGCUCCUAUGGAGAUGGUGAAGAAGAUAGAAUUAGCUAAUAGAUGUAAUGGUAAUUUGGGUCCAUGUGACCACAUUUGCGGUAAAGAAUGUUGCUAUGAAACAUGCAACAGCCUCUAUAGGGGACGUCACCCUAAUCCAGGUUGCAAACACUAUGGAACUGGAUUUCUGAGUUGCAUGUGUUCGUAUGAUUGUUGAUUUUCCCUAAAUUAUAUUUGAAUAUAAGAGCUCUUUUGGCUUAAUUGAUUAAAAGUUAUUAAUAA